UAUGGUUUAUUUAUUUGAAAGGAAAACAAGAAAAGAAAAAAAACGAAACACCUUCCUGCAACUAUGCAGUUAUUCGCCCGCCAAAAACCGUUUUCUUCCUUUUCAUACUUUUGCCCCCAAAUUCCACUUAGGAGGUCUUCCCGGAAAUUGAUUCAAUCAGAUGAAAACCCUAAUUCUGAUAUCGAUCGCCUUGUUUUCUCUAUCCGGAGACAUCCUCGCGCUCCAAAUCCUCUCCAAAUCAAAACUCGAGAAAUGCGAAAAGGUCUCAGACUCAGACGAACCCCUCAACUGCACUUCAAAGAUCAUCCUCGACUUGGCCGUCCCUAGCGAAUCAAGUGGAAGAGAGGCGUCGAUGGUGGCGGAGAUAGUGGAGGCGGAGGAGAAUUCCACGAAUCACAUGCGUACCAUUCGAGUGCCGCCAGUGAUAACUAUUAACAAAUCCGCUGCUUAUGCGCUGUACGAGUUGACAUAUAUUAGAGAUGUCGCGUAUAAGCCACAAGAAUUUUACGUUAAAACACGAAAAUGCGAGCGAGAUGCCGGAGCAAAUGUAGUUCAAAUAUGUGAGAGGUUGCGAGAUGGGGAUGGUCAUAUUAUUGAGCAUACUCAGCCAACUUGCUGUCCUUGCGGAGACCAGCGCAGGGUCCCAUCAUCUUGUGGAAAUUUUUUUGACAAGUUGGUAAAAGGCAAGGCAAAUACAGCACACUGUCUUCGGUUUACAGAUGAUUGGUUCCAUGUGUUUGGUAUUGGACAACACUCUGUUGGAUUUAGUAUCCGGAUUGAGGUUAAGACAGAUUCCAAAAUAUCGCAGGAAGUUAUUGUGGGUCCUAAGAACAGGACUGCAAUAUCUGAUGAUAAAUUUCUGAGGGUGAAUCUGGUUGGGGAUUAUGUUGGAUACACUGAUAUUCCGUCAUUUGAUGACUUCUUCCUGGUUAUUCCUAGACAGGGUGUUCCAGGUCAACCUCCAAAUCUUGGAAGCAAUAUUACAAUGUGGAUGCUUCUUGAACGAGUUCGUUUUACAUUAGAUGGCCUGGAAUGCAACAAAAUUGGCGUCAGUUAUGAGGCUUUUAACACUCAGCCAGACUUUUGCGCUGCACCGUAUUGGAGUUGUUUGCAUAAUCAACUCUGGAAUUUUUGGGACGCAGACCAGAAUCGUAUCAGCCGGAAUCAGGUUCCUCUUUAUUGUGUGCAAGGAAGGUUUGAAAGGAUAAAUCAACAUCCAGAUGCCGGAAGUCAUGCAUUUUCAAUAGGGAUAACAGAAGUUCUUAACUCCAACCUUUUGAUCGAACUGAGAGCUGAUGAUAUAGAAUAUGUAUAUCAAAGGAGCCCUGGAAAAAUAUUAGACAUAUCUGUACCUACUUUUGAAGCCCUGACACAAUUUGGUACUGCAAGAAUCACAACAAAAAAUAUUGGUGAAGUUGAAGCGUCCUACAGCCUUACUUUUGAUUGCUCAUCUGGGGUGAGCCAAAUGGAGGAACAAUUCUACAUAAUGAAGCCAAAAGAAGCAGUAACCAGAUCAUUUAAAUUGUACCCAACUACAGAUCAAGCUGCUAGAUAUGCAUGCUCAGCCAUCCUGAAGGACUCCGAUUUUAGUGAAGUUGAUAGAGCAGAGUGUCAAUUUACGACUACAGCUACUGUUCUUGAGAAUGGAUCACAGACUCCAUUUCAACCUCCGACGACCAGUUAUAAUGGUUUCUUUGAAUCCAUUGAGGAGCUGUGGAACAAGUUUUGGAUAUUCUUGGCAGAUUUCAUUACCGGGAAAAACUGCAGGAAGAAGUGUUCCGGGUUUUUCGACUUCAGCUGCCACAUUCAGUAUAUCUGCAUAAGUUGGAUGCUGAUGUUCGGCCUAUUUCUAGCUAUCUUUCCCACAGCGAUUGUUCUUGUUUGGCUCUUACACGAGAAAGGGCUGUUUGAUCCUAUAUACGACUGGUGGGAGGAUCAUUUCUGGCCUCGCGACGAAACAGAUCAACAUCAGAAUCAACAUCAACAACAUCCACGGAAGCAUGAUAUGAGGCAUCAACAUCACAAGCGUGAUGCUCAAAGGAGGCGAAGCAGUCGCAUUGAUCAUAGGCAUAGAAGCAGAAGUGAGGAAAGUGAUUACCAUUAUUAUCUUCACCAUGUUCACAAGGACAAGCACAAGCAUACAAGACUCAAGAAUUCGAGCAUAAUGGAGGAAGAGGAUAGAGCUAGGCAUCAUCAUCAUCGUCGUCGCUAAAGAGACUCGAGAUGACUAUUUAAACAAGUAAUUUCCCAAAACCAUUUUACUUCUAAUGACUCGACUUCAUCGCAGACUUGCAUAUAUGCUUUGUAUAUUUUCUACUUAUGUAUCUUUCUACACCUCAAAAAUCUGUAUAAAACCCAAAACUUCCUAGCAUAUUUUUUAAUGAUCCGAUACAAUAUUUUUAGUGUA